AUGUUUGAUAUUAGUUCAUUAAUAUAUUUUGGGAAUUGUAAUCUAGUAAAAAAGUCUAUUUCAGGUACUCUUUAUAUGUAUACAUCAAAAAAAAAAAAAUUUAAAAAGUAUCCUCAAUUAUAUUUCGAAAAAAAUAGGGUAGCAGAUAUUCAUGACCAUUAUACUAUUUCUAAAGAUGAACAAGAAAUAAAAAAUAAAUGGGUAAAGUAUUUUUGCUUUAUUAAAGCUAAUUUUUUUUAUGUAUAUAAAUUAAAAGGAGAUUAUAGGCCACAUACUAUUUUUUUAUUAGAAGGAAGUCAAAUAAAAAUUAUUAAUUAUCAUAUAGCUCUUAAAAAUAAAAUAAUUGAAGAAAAUAAUGAAUUUAAUUUAAGAGAUAAUGAAGAUAUAAUACAAAUAAAAACUCUUGAAUAUAAUGAUGGUCAAACAUAUCUAUUGUAUGUAAAUGACAAAGGACUCCUAAAAAAAUGGUAUAAUACUUUAAAUAAUUCUAAUUUCAAUAGUAUUAAUAAUAAUAUAAAAAUAACGAAAGAAGAAAAUGAAGAAAUAAAAAAUGAUAUAGAUAAUAUUAAAAAACUAAGUGAUAUAGAAAUAAAAAAUAAAGAAAUAGAAAUCAAUAGUCUGAAAGAACAAAUAAACUCCUUGAAGAUUACCAUAGAGAAUAUUAGAACAAAGAAUAAACGCUUGCAAAUAGCUGCUGAGGUAAAUGCUAAAAGCUCCGAUGAAUUUCUCCAAAAGAAAAUAACAGAAAUGGAAUUUAUACACGAGGAAUUAGGUUUAAAAAUUGAAGAAAAUAGUAAAUUAAAAGAAAAAAUAAAGAUGGUUACUCAUGAAUCUGAGCAAAAAAUAAAAUUAAUAAAUGAUUUAAAAAACGAAAAAGAAACAUUAGAAAAAAAAUUAAACGAAAUAAUGGAAACUUAUGAAGAAGCUUGUGGUGAUCCAGAGAAAAUAACUUUAAUUAAUUAUAAUACCAACGAAAGAUAUCAAAAAUUGGUGUUAAAUAAUAAAAAUUUAAAACAAGAAAUAAUUAAAUUGAAUGAACGAUUUUAUAAUCUAGUAGACAGAUAUAAAGAAAAAAUUAAAAAAAUAAAAGAAAUAGUUGAAAUUGGAGAUAUUUUUGAUUAUUUACAUAAAUUAAUUGUUUUAUGCCAGACAAAAAUAAAAUUUUAUGAACAAUGCUAUAAAUAUAAUGAAGAUCAGCAAAAGGAAAUAAUGAAUUCUAUUGAAUAUAUGAUAAAGGAAACAAAAUUAUCAGAGGCAAAUGCAAGGGUAUGUUACAUAACACAUAGAUCCAAAAUAUUGGAAGAGCGAUUAAGCUAUUACAUAAAUCAUACAUUACCAUCUGAUUAUUUUUACUUUGCUUGUACUACAUUGAGAAGAUUAGGUUGGGUAUUCGGAGAAAUAGAGGUUCUAAAUCCAGUUAUUGGCGAUAACAAAGAAGUUUAUCCUUUAUAUUCAUAUGUGGAUGAUGUGAAUGCAAUACCAAUGCGUGAACAAAUUUAUUUUAAUGAAGGGAUGGAAGGAAUAGGAAACUUCAAUAUUGUAAAUGAUGUUGACAUUUAUUCUAUACCUAUUAAAAUGUGCCCUUACGAGGAAAAGAUAUUAAGUGAUAAUAAAUAUAAUUAUAUAAAAAUAAAAUUAAAUGAUCUUAAAAAUGAUUUUAAUAUUCUUAAAAAAAAAGUAAGGCCUCAAAAUAAAAGUAUGAUUUCUGAUUUACAAUGGGAUGAAAUUAAAAAAAAUGCAUACGAUAGAUUAGAGAAGAACAUAAUCAUUCUUGAUAAACAAAUCCGUACAGAAAUCAAGAAAAACUGA